CUGGUGCACCGAACGUGAUGUCGUCAUCAUUCAGAAACAGGAAGUAGCGUGAAAAGCGUUCGAGACGAGAUAGUUAACCGGAUUUUAAGUCGUUGUUUAUCCGGUUCCAUUCAAAACGGCGAGUUUUCUUGUACACACACCUGUACGUACAUUUUCUUGUAAAAGGAGCCGCAAUGAAAGAGAGAGUUUUCUUUCUGGUUUAUUAUUUACUGACCGUUUCGUUGGCCGAAAACGACGUUCUUACACCAGCGUCGAAACAUGGAAGCGGUACAAUUAACGUCACUACUCACAAACCCGCGAGCACGAAACACAAUGGGAACUUUACUUUAAACAGUCUGGAAUUGGACGGCUCUAUGAUCCAGAGGGCUUUGUAUGUGCUUAUCGGCAUCACUAUUAUAGGAGUACUUUAUUUCCUCGUCCGAGCAGUCCGUCUGAAGAAAUCUUCCACCCCGAGAAAAAAAUAUGGACUUCUGGCAAACUACGACGACACAGUGGAGAUGGCACAGCUGGAGAGUGACGAAGAUGACAACACUGUGUAUGAAGCCAAAUCACUGAGAAGAUGAUUCCCGAGGGCAAAGAGGACGAUGAAGCAAUAAAGUGGAUCGGACCAAAAAGACCAUCUCGGAGUUUAUACGUUGGAAAGAUGGACCUCGGGCUGUGGUGUGUUUUGAGUAAAUCCCGUUAUCUUUGUACUCUUUGAUACUAAAACUGCUAAAGAGACGUCUCUGCAGCUGUGAAACUGUGGGAUGAGUUCUGUAACAGAUAAAUUCCUGGAGGUGCCA